GCUGUACAGUUAUUGCAUUCUCUACAAUGAUCUAAUGUCGUUCAUCUCGUACUUUUUUCCCUCCUGGGCUUAUUUCCUUGGCUUUAGCACCAUGUCACACCAUCGUGGGUCCUCACCGCUUGCUAAAGUGUUAUUACUGCAUUGCAGUACUGAUAAUCUCCAAUCUGACGAAGAGCAAAUAACAAGCUACACGACAACCGUUGAGCUCCGCAUUUUGAAAACGGUUGUUAAUUAGCAUCCCUUCCAAAGCUCUUCUGUUACCCAACCCUUCAUCUGCAAGCUAUAUUUAAUAGGUCUUCAACCGAGAGUAUCCCAGCUAUCAAGCUCUUAAUUUAUCGAAGACCCUUGAGACUUUACUUCACUUCUACAUAUUUAUAUCAAAUCUUCGUCUUCCACCAGAAAUCCUCAUCACAUUUCAUCUCUUUUACCAUUCAUAAUAUACAUACCAACUUAAGCAUUCAUCAUGGCACCUAGUCGACUCACAGAGGAAGAUGAAGUAGCUGUCCCAGAGAUUAGCUACGACAUCAACCUGCCAUACAAUCAUGUAUCCGAUGAAUACGACCAGAGAUCUAAAUGCCGAACAGAAUUCCCAAGCUACCUUCCAUCGUGGGAGGAUGAUGUCUGGUUCGACGAAGUUAAGCACUUCGAGUAUCAUGACCCAGCCCUGCGAGCAAACAAGUCCAAGCCAAACCUUUUCAAGGGUGGCGUCAAAGCCAAGCACAUCACGCCCAAGAUGGGAACUAUUUUGAGUGGUGUAAAAAUGGAGGAGCUCUCUGACGCCGGCAAGGACGAGCUUGCACUUUUAAUAACCGAACGCAAAAUUGUUGUUCUUCGAGAACAAUCCGACUUCCUUCACGCUGGACCCCAAUUUCAACAAGAUUUCAUGUCCUAUUUCGGACCAUUAAGCAUCCAGCCUGUCUCUGGUUCCGUUAAGGGACACCCUCCUUUCCAUGUCAUUCAUCGCGAUCACAACGAAGAGGAAAUCGCAAAUUUCUUCCAGAAGAAAUUGACUUCCACACUCUGGCAUCACGAUGUCAGCUAUGAAAAACAGCCCCCUGGAUAUAUCAUGCUUGGCAUAUUAGCAUGCCCCGAUGUUGGUGGUGACACCGUAUUUGCCGACACUGUGGAAGCCUACAAACGCCUCUCGCCCACCUUCCGCGCAAUGAUACAGGACCUCAAGGCAAACCAUUCAUCUCAAAAGAUGAUUGGCUAUGCCCGCGCCGCCCGAGGAACUGUCCGAACCGACCCGAUCGACUCCCUGCACCCAAUCGUUCGAGUCCAUCCCGUCUCGGGCGAAAAAGCGCUCUACCUCAACUCAGAAUUCUUGACCGAUAUUGUCGGGCUCAAGGAUGGCGAGAAGGAAAUGCUUAUGAAAUUCUUGGUGGACCAUGUUUGUAUGGGCCACGAUUUCCAGGCCAGAGUGGGUUGGGAAAAACACUCAGUGGUCAUGUUUGAUGGGCGAAGCACUCUACACACCGCAACUGUCGACUACGACUCCCGUAUUCAGGCCCGCCACCUUUUCCGCUUGGCAGCCAUGACUGAAAAACCCAUGUCGGUCGCUGAAUGGGAAGCCCACAUCCACGAUGAUAAAUCCUCCGAAACAUCAGAAUCUUCGAAUUCCAGCGUGAGCUCGGAUUAAAGAAUACGAGGGAUUUGAGAUGAGAUUAAAAGUUUUCUGGGAUUUUGAUUAUUUUCACAUGUUUUUUUUUCCAUCUUCUUCUCCGUUAUACCACGAUUGAUUGAUUGCAAGCACAGCGGGGAUACCAAUACCAAUCGUUUCGAAUUUAUUUUCUUACUCAUUAUUUCUCUUCUUUUUUUUGCAUAUAGACAUUUAAGGUUUUUUUUUUUUUUUUUUUAGGAUUUUGGGGAGUUUCGUCAUUAUUUUUCUUUCCUUUUUUACGAUGUAUACCCGGGAUGAAAUAUUCUCUUCUCGGAUUUCUUGGGGUUUGGGGUUUCGUUUCUUGAUGAUACGUUGGGAUUUUUACGUACUGCUACUAGGGUUGCACGCACUGUGCAUGCGGGAAGAUCUGGAUUGGAGUUGUUCCAGUUAACUUUUUAGCCUAUAUAUCCACUACUGAUUUGUUCGUUCAUGAAAGAUUUUACUUACUGUACAUCCAUCUCAUCUAUAUCAGUGUUGAUGCAUUAGCCAAUCUCAAAUUUAAAUUCA